UGUUGUUUCUCCUCAUUCAGGUGUGUGAGAGUUUAACACGACACAAUGAGUCCGUGCGCUCCUUCUCUUCUCUGCAUGCUGCUGGGUUUAUUUACCUUUAGAGCAGUAGAUGGAUGCUAUGCACAAGCCUACAGGCAGUGUUAUUACACUCGGGAUCUGGUCACCAUUGAAUUCAUUUACUCUUGGUACUUCAACAAGGCUGAAUAUCUGAGAUACAACAGCACAACGGAUAGAUACACAGGAUUCACAGUUUAUGGAGCGAAAAUGGCGGAAUCGCUGAAUCUAGACCCAAAAAACAGUCUCUAUUCCCAUGUGUACACAUUCUGCAAAUAUAACAGCGAUAACUAUGCGUCUAAUGUUCUAAAGAAAGUGAAGCCCAAGGUCAUGGUGAGGUCACAGACAUCUGAGCCUGACAUUCUCCCGGCCAUGUUGCUGUGUACUGUGUAUGAUUAUCACCCCAAAGGAAUCAAAGUGUCAUGGCUGAGAGACGGCAAGGUCGUGACUGAGGGAGUUUCCUCCACAGAGGAGCUUUCAGAUGGAGACUGGUACUAUCAGUUCCACACUUAUCUAGAGUACAUACCGAAACCUGGAGAGAACAUCUCCUGCAUGGUGCAGCACGAGAGCUUAACACAACCCCUCAUAUACACCUGGAAGCCUUCACUUCCUGUGGAUCAGAGGAACAAGCUGAUCAUCGGUAUUUUCCUCCUGGUGUUGGGAAUGGUUUUGGCCAUCGCUGGAUUUCUUUAUUACAUGCUGGGAUCUAAAGGACGUGUUGCAAAGCAAACUUCACAGACUAUAUCUUUAGAACGCACUACUUCAGAGAUUUCAGAGUCUUCACAGUCUUCACAGACUUCACAGACUUCACAGACGGCUUUACAAACUUCAAAUCCAUAACAUACUGCAAUGUCCAUAUAAAAUGACUCAAAUUUAAAAUGCCCUUUAUAUACAUUUUCGGUACAAAACUCUAAGGGGUAAGGUUUGAAUGACUACAUUAAUGAGGUGUGGUUUAGCAUGCUCCUGUAGUACACAAUGAGGUCAGCUCCCCCUGUUUCCGUAAAGAAUUGAGUGCAACA